GGAGUCCCCAUAUAAUGUCACAAUUAUUGAACAGCAGAUCCUUGUAGCAGAACAGGUGCACUUCUCAGACAAAUGAUUAUUUUAAAAAUAUUGUUUCUAGGACUGCACAGAUGUUGUUUAAUCGUGUGUGCGAGUUAAGAAGGACAAGCUGGGGUCAACACGAAAUACCACAAACCCCUACGUACACUCAACCAAAUCCCUAUGGUGCACAAGGAUAUUCAAUGUAUAUUCCAGUAAGUGAAAUUCAUUGUAGCUUGAUUGAUCAGUCGAUUAUAAUUUGUCAUGCCAAAUAUAAAAUAAAAAACGAUGGAUAGGUCUUAAAGCGAAGAGAAUGAAUUACUGUAGCAGAUCUGCAAGCUAUCUACAGUACAGUACAAACAUAAGCCAACGAAAAUCGUAUCGUGUACUUACGAAUUUUUCAAAAGACAGUCUGAAAAAUGUAAUCUGAAUAAUCUUAAUGUGAGAAAUAUCAAGUUAUUAUAGCUGUCUUUGUCCAUAAUAAACUGCAGGGGUGAAAAAAUAGGCGAGCACACGAGAACUGCUCGCAGGAAAUGUUAAACAGUUGCAGCAAAUUCGUUUGAAAGAAGAUUUGCUAUUGAAAAUUUGAAGGAAACCUUAACACCCAUGUCCCACUAUGUGCACAACAACAUAUGGUUGACAGACAGUAUUCCUUGAAUUUAAAACCAUGGUCAGCUAGAACACUCUAUGUUUAUGCACAUACAGAUUUAGCACAAAAAUACUCCGUUGGUCUGCAGUAAAUUUUUGUCUUCAAGUUGUGCUCCCAGAAAGAAAAUUCUUUUUUCCUUCCCCGAUAAACUGGUUAAAAUAUACUUUAUACUUGCAGAACAUAGAUGGUAUGUUGGAAGAGCAAGCUCCUGAUUUACCCGUGUUUGUUGAUGGUAAUUUUAUCCAUUACAUUUAUAUUUAGCUGUAAGCAGUUUUGCCGCAUGUUAUUUACAUUAAACAACUUAACAACUUUUUCCAGGACUGGAAAGUUCCGGAAAAACAAAUUCCAGGAUUUUAAAGUCCUUGAAAAUCAGUAGAAGUCCUUGAAAGUCCUGGAAUUAAUUUCCUUAACCUCCAGCUGUGCCAACAUUAGACUAGUUGAUUUUGAUUAAAAUUACUGAAUGAAGUGAAUUAUUUACGGCAAAUGCGGGCCAUUUUUACAGAUUUUUCCCAGUUCUAGGUCCUUGAAUUUACUGAAAAAGGGCCUUGAAAGUCCUGGAAAAGUACUUGAAUUUCACCUUCACUUAAGGGUGGAGACCCUGUCAUUCUAUUUUUGGCAUUUCGUGUUUUGGUGAUACUAUUUUUCGCCCGCAGCUUCUACAAAAACAUAUAAACGAUGGAUUUGUUUCCAUCUACCAUAAUUACGUCAUACUCGCACAUUUAGUGGUGAAAAUAAGAUGGGGUGCGAAAUAUGGGGCGCGAAUUUAGGUCGUCACCAUGCAUGUUACUAUUCACCUGUUACUAUACAAGUUCAUUACUUAAAUGUUUUAUCAUUCAUACUAAUUUGUUAAAUAAUAAACUGUAACAGUUAUGAUUUGUAUAGGUAAUAGCAUGGUUUCGAGUGCAAUUUGGAUAUAACGUACACGGUACAUGCACGAGUGAGUUUUUCAAAGACUUCAAAAUAUAUUUGAGGUCUUUAAAAAACUCACGAGUGCAUCUUUAUCCAAAUUUCACGAGAAACCAUGCUAAUACUUUACAUAAAAAUUUACAUACUAAUUUACAUAAAAAUGUUCGAGACAAUUGUAGUUUUAACUUGCGUUUAUACUUUAUAUAUAGCGAACCGUCCACUGGCAAAGUUUUCCUGACUUUGUUAUAUCACAUUAUACAACGCUAGCGGCUUGAAAAUUCCACUCAACUAUUAAGUUUUGUCGAAGUCAACUUUUACUUUAUGUAGCGCGGCGCCAUGUUUAUUUUGUUUUGAAGCAAUCUGUGACCGUUACUUCUUUAAACUAAACUGCUUUAAACUGAUUGGUUGAUUUUAUCAUCACAUUGUUUUUCCACCAAUCAGGUCAGUUUGUUACAGAUUUUUGCACUGUGAUUACAGAAAAUUGCAUUGUGAUUACAGAAAAUUGCACUGCUGUUUGGAAUUAACUGCACUGAAAUCAACCAAUCACAGUCGAGUAACAUUUUUAUGUAUAUUAUUAGUUAAAUCGAUAAUAAGCUGUUUAUGCUUCUAUCGUUAAAUGGCUCAAAGAAAUAAUUGAGAGUCGCCCUGGUUUAUCCCCAGUGCCAACACUCGUUUUAUGAGACACCCCCCCCCCCAAAAAAAAAAAACCCGACGAAGACAGAAACAGGCCCAUUUUAAGACACUGGUCCUAUCGGCCAGUGUAAUUAUUUCAACCGUAUUAGUAAUUGUGUAGUAUCUAAUUGUUCAACGCAAUCUUCUAUAAACUUAAAUUCGUUUGUGGUCCAAUCUUUUGGAAACAUAUCCUCAUUAACGAGCUCUUUUUCUAUUUAUAAUCUGUUCCUUUACAGUGUCUGUAGGUUCCUCACAAAAGCAAUGUUUCAUUGACUUAGUGUUUUGAGGCUCGCUCACACUUACCAACAUCUUGAAGUUUCACAUCCGCUGGAAAGCCUUGAUACCUUUCGAGUUUGAUAUUUUUCUUGGGAAUUACGCCGGCAUGAUACGACUGAAAUGUCUUUAAAAUUUAGGGGUGGGUAUAAAAUCUUCAAGUUGAGGUUGGGUGAGGGAAAUUAUUUCCUCGUUAAUGGUUUGGAAUAGUCGGCUAAGAAAACAUUUCUCUUCGCCCCUCCCCCUUGCCACAAAUAAUGACUGGCCCCCUGUUUAUUAAAUAGUCUUUUAAAAACAAUAGAAAAGAUAAAUUUAUUGAUUUUAAUUGCUUUCAUUCAAAUAAUAAUUCCACCUAUACGUUCGUGUAAAGAAUAAUUAUAAAAGCAUAGCGAAGUAUUAAACAAGUAUAUCGCUGUGAAAACAACAGACAGCACUUAACAGGCUUACUUUACUAAGUAUAUAAUUCACUCAACAACGUAUAUGCUUGCAUGCAAAGAAAGCACUGUUUUAAAUAGUUAGUGAACGUUUAAAAACACGAUUAAAAACUAUAGUAAACAUGAUUAAAAACGUCGCGAGGAAACAUUUUUUUAAAAAGACAAAGUAAAAUUAAAAUAUCUUACCUUGGUAAACAGUCAAACUGAUACAACGUGUGCUAUGUCUAUGAUUAUAGUUUGUAGUUUAGGUCUUCGCUUUCUAUAAGUUAGCAAAUUGUUGCCUUUUUUUGUAACGGUUCUUCGGCGUUUCGGGACGUUUUUCAACUUUUUUCAAAAUGAAAUAUUGUUUGUAUUUUGUCUUUUAAACUCCCGCGCAAUCCACGCGAUCCGCGUGAAAAUUCCCCGUGUUUCUAUCGAGUUAUAGAAACACGGGUUUUUUGAGCUUUUGACCAAUCAGCGGCCGUGUUUUUAAAAGGCUAUUUUAUAAUUACUUAUGUAAAAGUACGUCGUUCCCUACAUAUGUAAUUCGUAUCUCAUCUAUUUACACUUUAGAAGAGUGGAAUGAAUACGCUACUGAUAACAGUAGCCAAGAUGGUAGCCAAGACAACGAUGAACUAAGUGAAGAUUUCUUUCGAAGGAUGUGUAUGGAACAAUAUGGACAUUAUGUACCAUUCGCGUGAGUUUUAUCUAAUACAUUUAUGACAAUGACUGUACCCAGAAAGGGUGGGUAAAUGAUUAAACAAUUGAUAUUAUCACACUACCGUUUCUAUCAUUUAUGUUUUCCCAGAUGCUUUGGCACCACUAGUAAGUCCUGGUCUAUAUUACAACUAACAGUCUAACACACUUCUUGCAUGCACUCUUUUUACUUUAAUGUAGAUUAAAACGAGCUGUGCGUAUCAGUGGUUAUACAACUAUUAUCAGUUAUAGACCUGGAACGAGGGUAUUCCCAAAACAAUUUCCCUGAGAGAUGGAGGAAUUUUUUUUUUGGGGGAGGGGGAUAACUGGAGUGAAAGGUCUAUAAAUGAUAUGUUAUACUAAACCUUGUAUGUCUGCAGGGUCUUAGCUAGAGGGCCGUGUUGGCCGUGUUGUCGCGGUCAAAAGGGGAAAAACACGGCUAGAUAUUUAAAUGAACGCGGUUUCAUUAUUUAUAUAAGGUCGUGUAGGUUCAUAACGGACAGAAUUUCUUCCUAUUUACUGUACGUCGUAAGAAAGUUUGUAAAAUCUACGGUUGUUGUUGAAAUUGGCAAAAGUGAUCUGUGAUGUUUUAAUGUUUUGAUGGAUAAUGGGAACUGUAUGGUGUUAAAAUGGUUUUAAAUACCCCCAAGAGUUGCUGAAAUAACUUAAUAUUUUAAUGUCAGUGCCCAAUAUGAGCGUAUGCUCGCCUUGUAUUUGGUUGCAAAGCAUAGAACAACCACAAGUAUUGUCUGUUGUUGGCGAGCAUAACUAGAACUGUGAAUUUGGCUAUUUGAGGUAAUUGACAUGUGCACACCCUAGUCAUUUAGAAACACGCCCAAGAUCUAAAAUCCCAGCUAAGACCCAUCCUCGUACCCAGGGUCUUUUUGGGAAAGACCCUGGUAUCGGCUGGUCACGUGACUCUACAAAAAUUGAUUGCCCAAGGGGGAGUGGCAAAGUAUCAAAUUACAUGCUUCCACAGAAAACGUUAAAUUUCAAAUACCAGGAGUGGGAUUUUACGAUAUAUAGUUCGAAGCGCCCGCUAACUUCUAUUUUAUACCUCCGUUUGCUUGUAAAUUACAAAAACACUGUAGCAUUUUAUUAACAGUCAAGUCAAGAAACAAAUAAAAUGCAUACUUUAAACUUUGAAGUUGGGUAUUCCCUUGAAACAUAUUUUCAUAUCAAACUGGUCAGUCCUCAACGUUUGUACAUUUUCACUUUUAUCUGUUCCGAAAAUAUGCCAUUAGAUUUCUUGUUUGAAAACGUUGAUAAACUUUGUGUAGAUUUACUAAUAAUACGCGUCUCAUUUUAUAGUGAAGGUUGAUAAAAUUUUGAAAUGUAAUUAACUUUUUGUCACAAAUCACAAUGUAAACAUGUGGACACUGCCGAACAGAGACUAAAUGCUCACUUUAAAACUGUCGAUGGUUUAUCUUUGAAAAUACUUUUAAUUUAAUAGUUCGUCAUAGUUUUUUAGAAACCCUGUAGAUCGGUAGGGUAGGAGGUUGGCAGGUAGUAAAAGUACAACAAUUUUCAGCCUCAGGGCGUGUAUCAUCAGGUGGUAUAUACAAUCACGGCUUUAGCCUGCUGAUAAUUUUUUGGCCUCCAUGCACUAAGUAAUGGGGUAACAGCAAUAUUUAUAACAGUAAUUUUCUGAUAUACAGUACACACUUUAUAAUAUGAACAUAGUCAUAGAUAAUUCCAUAAACCACGGAAUAAACAACGGCAUAAACCACGGCAUAAACACUGAUAUCACACUCAGUCUGAUAUGCAUAUGCAGUCAUAUAUAGUCAAAUAUACCCACCACAGAUAUAUUAACACUUACAUAGUCUUAAGAGUUUGAAUCAGUAUUAUAUUUCAAAAAGUAUUUCAUUACAGUAUUAGUAAUUUCAUUACAGUAAAGCUAUUAAAUGUCACAAUUAAAGCUAUUUAUCAAAUUUAUCAUGAGGACUGCAUUCUCUAAAUGUCCUAUAAAUGUCAAACAUAUUCAGUAUUCGUAUUUGUAACAUACACGCACAGACGAGUCUUUCACUUAUCUUUGAGUAGGCUAUUGUCGGAUUAUUUUACCGUUUGAUAUUUUACCGUUAUGUUACCAGGUUUGAUAACAAGGAGGUAUACUUCGACAUAUUUCUUGAGCAUCAAACUCUGAGGAUGGUUCUGAAGUUUCAGCAGUGAGCAGUCCGAGUAGCAUAAUGUUUACAAAGCAACAUAGUUUGCGAUAUUUCAGAAAUCAAAAGAUCUCUAUAUAUUUCGUUACACAUCUCAGUAUUAAAUAAAUCCUUUAGGAUAGACAUCAACAGCUAAAUAACAGCCACAUCGGUCGGUACUGGUCUAGAAAUAUAUUUUCUUGUAACGUUUGCGACGUGUUGAUUUAUUCGACGAGCUGUAUCGGCAUAAUUUGUCUAUUGAAAUCUGAUCUAUCUUUCUCACCGACAUUCUGCGCACAAUGAAAUUUGAUAUUUACUGUUGUGUAACAUUGAUAGUCUUCAUGACAAAUAAAAUAUACAAUUUUGUAAAUAUUUCCUGCAUGAUUUCUGGGCAGAUUUCUUCGCUCACUCCUCGCUCAAUGACAAAACGUACUUAGGUACCCACCCUAAUUGAAAUUGUUAUCUCCCAGAUUCUGGGAGACACGUGACCAGCCGAUAGCAGGGUCUUUCCCAGCCGGUGGAAAGUCCCUGCGACGGAGGUUGGCUAAGACCCUGUAUGUCUGUUACUUGUACUAGAUACUAGAAAACAAAUAGUAUUCACUUCAUUAAUAUUUAAUAUAAGUACACAUAUUUUGCUAACUUUUCAUGGUGUAAUAUACUCAACAAGAAAAUAGACUUUGGAGGAAUGCAUGAAGUUAACAUUUAAACUAUAGUAUUCAUAAAAGUCAUGACAUGAAAAUUCAACAAAUUGAUAUCUACAUGUAUCAACAAAAUAGUUUUUAUCCAAUCAAGAGCCAGUCCACAGAUACCAUAAUUAGGGGUGCACCGGAUUUGGAAUUUUCAAAUCCGGCCGGAACCGGAUUUGCCGGAUUUGGACAAAAAUUCCGGCCGGAUUUGAGAUAAACCGGUAAUGGGGACAAUAGGGGAUAAAUUGGGAUAAUUCAGUAUUCAAAAUGGCGGUUUAUGUUUUUUAAAAAUCAAAGACAAUGGCAUGAAGUUUCUAUAAAGGGUAAGGAAUUUUUCAUUUAUAAAUAAAAAUUAUAACUAUUUAUUACUAUUUACUAUUUUUAGUUAGUGUCAGUUUAGAUUUUUGAUUGUGUUUAAACCUUUUUUAAAUAUCUUUUUGUUAAUGACUUGAUAUUUUAUAAUAAUAUAAGUGUUUUUUAAACUUUAAAGCUGCCAAAUUGAUGGUUUAUCCCAUUCUUGGUGAAUUUUUAAGGUGAAAACAGAAAUUUAAAUCCGGCCGGAUUUUCUCUAAAUCCGAUGCCGAUGCCGGAAAAUUCGUUAAAUCCGGCCGAAAUUCCGGCCAGAUUUGAAAUCCGGUGCACCCCUAACCAUAAUGAUCAAGUUUGUCAAACAAAUCCCAUGAUUGACAGUAUCAAAUGCCUUAGAAAGAUCUAGGAAAAUACCAAUUGUGCACUUGUUUUUAUCAACUGGUUAAGCUAUCAGCUAAAUGCAAGUGUGCAAAAGCUAUAGAAUGGUUCUUUCUCCAACUAUACUGAUUUUUGAAUAAGAUAUUAUAUUCUUGUUUUCAUAUGCUUAAUCAAACCAUAGGCAGCCCAGCAAAAUGUGUAAAAUCUGGGCUGCCUAUGAUCAAACGGUUACUUACGACCUUUAGUUGCCUGGUCCAGAUUUAUAGAUGGAUAUCACUCGAGCAAUUUUCAUCUUAUCCUCAUGUACCAGUACCUUAUACCAGUUUGGACGGACAAUUCAUGAUGUGUGUUAAUGGCUUAACUAGAAAAUACAUGCAUGCAAAAACCCUCGCCUUGCUGACAAAACCAUUGUAUUUUCCGAACAUGAAGUAUCAAAGUUGUCAUGGUAACACGAUAAUUUUUUAAGAAUAUUCUUACAAAUGAAAAAUCGCCUAUAAAUAUCACUUUUAAUCACAAAAUUAUUAAUUUCCCAACAUAUAUAUGUUAGGUAUGUUAUUAUACGUAAUAUAAGCCUCGAUUUAAAGGGUAUUGGCAACAAAAAUUUUUAUUGAUUUUAUUGUUUCAUCUGAAAGAGCAUGAAAAAAUAAGCCGAUUGGCCGUUUACUGCUCUAUUCUAUCUCAUCUGGUUCCGAAGUUAUACGCAAAAAUGUGCAAAAUAUAAAUUGCUGAUUCAGCACAUUCUGUGACGUCAUAAACUGGGUAAGUAUGUUUAUUGAAUAGUAAACUAAAGCAUAGCUGAGUUAUUAUUGGCUCAAAUCAAAUGAAAUUUUGCAUACAGAUAGUACACGAUGAGAUGCAUGGGAAAAUACUUCUAAUUUCGUUGUCAAGGCAACACAGUCGUUCCCAGGCCUCUUACACUGAUUUUGAAUAACUAGUUGCAUUUAUCUAUGUGUAUGUCAUUUUCGAAUUAUUAUCGUGCAAGUAAACUUUUGGCAUGCAUAGGUAUCAUACACAUACUUCUGAUAUUAUUUUAUUCUUAUCAGUACCUUGAAUAAAGCUGUUUCAUAAAAUUGGCGCAAGGGGCCUGGAAACGACAUUGUUACCUUGGCAACAGAAUUAGAAGUGUUUUUCCAUGCGUCUCAUCAUGUACAAUCAGUAUGCAAAAUUUCAUUUCAUUUGGGCCCAUAAUAACUGAGCUAUGCUUCAGUGUAGUAUUCAAUAAACAUACUUACCCAGCUAAUGACGUCACACGUUGUGCUGAAUCAGCAAUUUAUAUUUUCACAUUUUUGCGUAUAACUUCGGAACUAGAUGAGAUAGAAUAGAGCAUUAAACGGCCAAUCGGCUUAUUUUUUCAUGCUCUUUCAGAUGAAGCAAUAAGAUAGAUGAAGCAAUUUUUGUUGCCAAUACCCUUUAAGGUAAAAUUCAACCACAAACGCUUCGCAAAGCGUUUUAAAGUCAUUAGUGUUCUUUAAUAUAAAACUAAACUGCCUUUUAAAAUGGCUUUAUCGAUAAACUUUGAGUUUGCAAUAAAAUGAUUUAAAAUUCUCGCUUGCAAAUAACUUUGCUUUCUUAUUUAUUUAAAAAAUUCAAUAUCAUAAAAAAGGGAAAUCAAUAUUAAAGAUACACUGAAAUUAUAUGCUGUCUUGUUUAGUUGUUUCAUAUACGCAAAGGCCGUCGGGUUUUAAAUCCAUUAUAAAAUCAAUAUUUAAAACAAACUUACCUUCGUUAACGCCGGCUCCCUUCUUUUAGCCGAUUCUUUCGCAGUUCCUUUCUCAGAGAGCUUUUGAAAUUUACAAAAUCUUGCAAAAAUGCGAGCAAAAAUGAAAUAUAUUUGCAAGAAAUUUAUGAAUCAUCAAAUCAAGAAAUGUUUGCUAUUUCGCUGUCGUCAUGCAGUCGUUAUAAUGCAAACUUUAAAUUGGACCAAUCAGUGUCCGCUAUUCGUGACAGUCCGCCAUAUUUUUGAGAUCAGUGAGGAUGACCACCCACCCAACACCGUUGGUGACCCACGCCCGCGAUAUUUGAUGAACUUUAGACUCCGCUAAUGCUUUCGUUUCCCCGGGUGUAAAUAGCCGGGGGGAAAUUAGUACCCUCGCACGGCGCUUCGCGCCGUCGGCUCGGGGACAAUAUAUUCAAAAAGUCUUUCUCAGUCCACUCCGGAAUCUGAUCUCAACCACAGUUCGCCCUCGGAUGAAUCUUAUUAUCCCAAUUCAUUCUCCGUGACAGCCCCUAAGAACACUGAACUCAUGAUGAUGAGAACAUGUAGAGUUUGGAAUUUCUUUGGCUUUGGGCCAAUGUUUGUGAAAUAAUGACAAAAACCGUUUUAGACGACCGGCCAUCAGAAAGUUACACUCUGAUGGCAUUUUCUGGUGCAAGCUGUCAGCUGGCAUUUUCUUAUAGCUUAAACAUUGAUGAACGUGCAAGACUACUGUUUAUAUGUUGGCACCUCUGAUUUCAUUGGCUUUACAGCCGAAAAUUUGAGAAUUUUAAAAUUUUCCCUAAUAAAGUACUAUGUUGACUAAAAAUGCAAAAUUUCAAGUUUACUUUUCACAAAAAUAAGCCAUACCAAGUAGAAAGAUCGCAGCAAAGUAUAUGUAAGACAUCUAAAGGCAAAUAGUAUAUAACUAUUAGCAUCAAUUAGAGCAUUUCUUCUUCAGCUCAAUAUGGACUACGAAAAUCAUACUAAUCGCUUAAAUGUCUUAUUAUACUUUUUUGCGAACGUUCUAAUGGUACAGUUUUGUUGUUUUUUUUUGUUAAAAGUGAACUUGAAAUUUUGCUUUUUUGUUAUCAUAGUACCUACUUUUUAUAGGGAAAAUUUUAAAAUUCUCGAAUUUUCGGCAAAAAGCCAAAAUCAGAGUUGCCAACAUAUAUAGUCUUGUUCAUUAUUGUCUAUACUCUAAGAAAAUGUCAGUGCCAAGCUUGCAACAGAAAAUGCCAUCAAACAAAUUUUGUUGCACAUUUUCAGUUUUUGGCCGGCUGUCUAUUAGCCUGCUCACAGACGUUGUAGUUCUUACGCCAAGCGACGAAAUACUACCGUCUGCUUACCCGAGCGUCAAACUGAAUUCCGCUAGGUCGACCAAUCAGAAUUUACCUUCCAUAUUCUGGAAAGUGACGUCAGUUGAUUUAGGAGCGGAAUAAAUAUAAAUAUAUAUUUUGAAAGCAGUCGUCGGUUAAAUUUUGGUCAAAAUUGCACAUAAAUUGAAUUUAAAGAUACUGAUACUUGUCCAGGUAAUAAAAUGCACCAUUAAUGGUCAGAUUUGGAUACUAAAGAUGUUCGGUUAUAUUUAAAACGCGGACAGGAUUGGCAUAUUUAUACUGUAUGAAUCUUAGCCAGACAGCAUCAAAUGCCGAAUAUAUUUCGCUGAAAUUUUAACGGUUAAUCUUUAUAUUAAAUUAAAGACAACAGAACUCGGAAGACAUAAAAUUUUAUAUAAUACUGUGGCUUAGAAAGCGAAAUAUUAGCUUCAAAGUAAACUAAUUUGCUGUUUGAGCAACCACUUCUGAAUGUAAACUGUAAACACAACACAAACCCUAGAAACUUGUAUUAAAAUUGCGCCUUGAUGAAUUUUCCAAUUCGCCCAAACGUCGAAACGUUUAUACUCUAACUUGGCUAUACUUUUCUACAUGACAAUGAGAGCUUAAUCUUUUAGAAGUUUUCGUCGAAGUCAUGGCAUAUAGGAAGUAUCAAGAGCAACAUUUGGACAUAUCCCGAUAUACUCGAGUUUCCCGAUUGAUUGGGCUAUUACAUUUAAUAUCCGUACCCCCCCCUGUCGAGGACCUCAUUUUCCAAGGGGGAAAUUAAUCAUUUUUUCCAGAGGGGUAAUUGGGGAAAAUGGAAGAAAAAUGCUCUUUCCAGAGGGGUUAAAAAGCAAAAAUGCACUUCCAGAGGGGGUUCAAGUCUCUUCCAGAGGGGUCAAUUGCACAGAUUUUCUUGCAUUCCAGAGGGGUAAAAGUUCCCAAAAGCAGAGGUCCUCGACAGGGGGGGGUUGGUUUUUUAAUGUAAUAGCCCAUUGUUUGUCAUUGUUAACAAAAAUUUAAAUUUCGCCUACUGCAUUGCUUUAGCACUUUAUAUACACCGAUUGUUUGCUGAACAUGCGAGAAGAUGAUCACAAUAUUAUUCUACGUAAACAUCGUGAAGUUCAACGCUAUAGUUUCCAAAAUAUAUCCACGCAAGUAAACAAAUUUCAAGUUUCAACCCAAACAAUAUAUUCCAAUGCAUGUGCAAGGGGUUUCCCCUGUAGCUAAUCUCUCAAUAAGGCGGCUUCCAAUUGGCUCUAACUUUUUUGAACACUACCAGAUGAUUGGCUCCUAAAACAAAGGGAAUUGAAUGUGCAGCUCGGGUAAGCAGACGGUAGUAUUUCGUCGCUUGGCGUAAGAACUACAACGUCUGUGAGCAGGCUACCUGUUUAUGUACUAUUACAGUAGAACCAGAAAUUUCUUGAUGAUGUUAAAACUGGUGGGUAACUUCCUAGAUUUCCUCUUUAGAUAUUUACGAAAUUUUUUAAUAUAGUCUCUUUUUUGUUACCUAAUGGAUCAUUGUAUCCGUUGAGAUUUUCCGAGUUUGUAUUCCGCAAUUUAUUGUGAAAAUUUGUCACGUUGUUUGUUAUAUACGUUGUUAAUAUUUUUCUCACGAAAAGAAGAAUAUAGAAAAUUUGUUUGGAAUUUUAUUAUCAAAAUAAAUGCUGAAAAUAGUUAAAUGGUUGGAAAUAUAAAAAAUAUGUAUAAAUAAAUGUAAAAGAGCCAGGCCGGUUGAUAAAACCAGGAUUGUAUGCUUGAUUUGUAGCCAAAAGGUAAAAAAUAGAUUUUCUUGGUUUUACAUCCUGGUAUAACUCAAAUUUGCCCCCAUUAGCAAGCUUGAAUUUGUCCCUUUCGUUUGCCUGAACGUUUCCCCACUCUAUUCUUUUUAAUAUAAUCUCUGAGUAGGAUGGGCUAUCAGCGAGAGAAAAAAAGUGUUAGCAUACAUGAUAUCCAGACGUUUGCUUGUUAGUUCAUGAUCAAGAUGAUUGUUAAUAUAUAAUAAUGAGGUUUGCUUUCGAAAUAUUGGUAAUUAAUAUAUUCGUGUUCGAUAUGAAUUUGCAGGUCCUUGGUUUUACUUAAUUGUAAAAUACAAUCGAAUACAAUCAACAAAGUGUCGUUUUUGAUUAGGCCCUCCCAUUGUGAGAUCUUCCUUUACUAUCAUGUAACUGAUUUAAACCUAGUAAUACUGGUAGAAGUUUAGAUUAUGCAAAUGUAUAAAGAGAAGCUAAUAACCAAGUUUUUUUCAUGUCUUUUGGAUUUAUAACAACAAUAAACGUGAAUCAUUAACAUAUAAACAAGCUUUCGUUGGUAGGGAUGCAACUACCUGAAAAAUAUAAGGAGAAUUUUGACGUUUCGAGCGAAGGCCCUUUGUCUGGAGUUACUAGGCUUCGAAGGGCCUUCGCUCGAAACGUCGGAAUUCUCCUUAUAUUUUUCAGGUAGUUACAUCCCUACCAACGAAAGCUUGUUUAUAUUAUUGGCACUAUCUAGACUGGCACAGACAGUUCAAAAUCAUUAACAUAGUGUUCUUGUUCUAUCGUACUAUUGGGAACACAGGGUAGCUGUAAUCCCAGGGUAUCGGGAUUUGAUACGGUUGCCGGUUUUGUGAAGGUUGUGUCAUUUGGUAGGCAUGUGGGAUGUGGUGAGGUUGUGGGAUUCGUUAAGGUUUUGGCUUUGAUUUGGUUUUGGCUUUGAGGUUGUGGGAUUCGUUAAGGUUGUGGUAUUUGGGAAGGUCCGAGGUCGUGGUAUUGGAAGUCUGUGGUAUUUGGUAAGGUUGUGGUGUUUGGUAAGGUUGCGGCAUUUCGUAAGGUUGUGGCAUUUCGUAAGGUUGUGACAAUUGGGAGGGUUGUGCCAUUUUGGAAGGUUGUGAUACUUGGGAAGGUUGUGGUAUUAUAUAAUUAUAAUUUAAUAAUUUAUAAAGCGCUUUUUACAUAUAAUGAUCAAAAGCGCUGAAGGUUGUGACAUUAGGUAAGGUUGUGGUAUUGGAAGGUUGUGGUAUUUGGUAAGGUUGUGGCAUUCGGUAAGGUUGUGAUAUUUGAGAAGGUUGUGAUAUUUGAGAAGGUUGUGGCAUUUGGGAAGGGUGUGGUAUUGGAAGUUGUAGCAUUUGGUAAGGUUGUGGCAAAUAGUAGUGUAUAUGGUUUUCGACCCGGAUUCUGGGGUGGAGGAAUGGCGGAGGAGGUGGGAGGUGGAGUAGGGCGGAGGUAAUUAAUAUUCAGGCCGAGGGAGGUGGAGUGAGGGGGAGGUAAUUAAUAUUCAGGUGGAGGGGUGGUAGAGUGAGGCGGAGGAGGAUGCGCACGCAUAUGAUAUGCAAGGCAAGUUUGAGCAAGUUAUUAAGCUGAGGUUAGCAUUUUUAUCACAAUAGGAUUCGGCGGUAAUCACUUUUUAAUUGGCGAUCCCAUGUUAGCGUCGCUACAAAAUUCGAUUACAUUCGUUUUGAGCAUUAUUUCGCUGUUCUAACCAUGGGUGCCUACAUGGAAAACCUGCAUCCUGUUUAACUACGAAACGUGGUACAUUUUGGUUCUGUGGACAAAAACCUAACUGUGAGUUCUUUUGCCGAGAUGAAGAUUGUUAUAUCUUCACGAAAGCCGUAGAAGAUUUUAGAAAGAGUGGUCCUCAACGUCCCGUGUGCUCUACACAUUGGCAAAGUUACGUACAGUUAAAGACAAGAUGAAGCAAAACUACGGUCGUCCGUUCUUCGUAUGCUCUGAACGAGAAAAUCCCUGCAAAUGUUGGCAGUGGGGAGAUGUAUAUGAAGAUCCUAGACCUAUCUGUCAACAUGGAAUGGUUCGCUGUGAACGAAAAGUCAAGAAAGAUGGUCCUAACCAAAACCGGUUGUUUUACUGCUGUCCAAAGGACGACGCUUGUGGUUUCUUUGAAUGGAAACAAUCAGAGCCUAGUGUUUACUGGCAUCGUGCCAUUCAGUAAUCCACUACAAUAUCGAUACAAGAUUGAAGAAACAGGAGAGACUUAAGAGGGCCUCUCAGUAAAAUCCACCCGCUGGUUUGGGGAAGGAAAAAUAGAUUUAGCUCAUAUUUUGCAUAUGAGCUAGACUUUGGUCAAUAUUAAUCGAGCUUCUUUCAGAACGUUUCAACUUUCUGUUUUAUAGGAGUUAUAGCCAUGUUGAAAUUUGACCUUGCGAGAAUAUUUUCAGACCGGAAAUUAAGGGAAAUUUUACAAGAAUUCAUCUGAUUUUUAAAAACGUUGUGAUGCGUUUAUCCUCUCCAGUUACUGUUCAUAUGCAAGAUUAACACUAAUACUCUCGUUUACAUAGAGAUUGAAUAACUUUAUUUGCUUAAUACGAUUUUUUAUAGUUUUACGAAACUAUGUUUUCAAGAUGGCGACGAGAGGCUGAAAAUUGCUCAUAUUUUAUUUAAAAUAGCUCAAAAGUGGCACCUAUCUGAGGUUCAAAAGGCAUGUAAUUUGAAAGUAUACCUACUAAAGUUAAGUAAUCAGGAAUAAAACUCGUCUGCAAGCAAUUUUCUGAAAAGUUAUGAAUCUCCGAAUUGGGUCUAUUUUUAGCUGUUUGUUUACGUUCGCGUGUUCGCUGAUCAGCGACACUAGUAAUAAUUAAAAAGUUAAAUAAGCUGGUUUAUUAUCCAGCUUCUAAUUCACAACAUAAAAACAUUAAAAAUACAACCUUAACCAUUCUUGGCUUAUUCGCAUGAAUAAUUUCACAACUGUUAAAUAUCUUUUUAAGGUAUAAUCGGGCAGUACUUUCUGUGGUUGUAGCAAAUUUCAAAGCUGUCAGUAUCUCUGGCUGUACAUAAAAAGUGUUCGGUGCUUUAACUUUUUUAUUCAACUUGUCUUGUAAUCUUUUUCUGUCCCUGUAAAUGGAAAUUUUGCCGGAAAGGUCGGAUCGGACAUUAAUUCUUGCAGCAUGGAUGCAACAUAUUUUUGUACAUAAUUGCAGUCAAAAUACUACAACCUUCCCACUUCCGCUUUUGUAGUCUGUUGUCAUUUACUAUUUUGUUUUGACUUUGGCAUUAUUGUAGCGGUUGCCGAAUUAUGGAGAAAUAUGGCGAUAAAAUUUAGUUGUUUUUUAUUUUUGUAAUAUUUUAAAUAAUUGUAACAAAGGUUGCAUUUUUCGUUUGAUUCACUGCAUAUGAACACAUAAGAAUUUUGAAAUUUAACGUAUAUCGUCGUAUUUUCAUAUAAUUUGUUAACCUUUGCAAUAACAGAAAUACUGCAGUAAGAAACAGAGUUUUUCAAAAAAAUAGUUUUAAAAAAGUUUUAAAAGAGUUUUAAAAAGCAAAAAAGUUUAAAAUGUUAGAUUUUUAAAAAAGUUAAAAAAAUUACGGUUAAAAAAGUUAGGUUAGGAGUUAGAGAUUACUGGUUAGGAGUUAGGGGAUUAGUGGUUAGGGGUUAGUGCCGCGAAUUUAUUAUUAUCAUAAAUUCAAAAUAUGCUGCGAAUUUAUCAUAAUGAUAAUUUCGGACGUGUUUAAGAAUUUACUCAUAUAGUAAAUUCAAAGGUGGAGCUCAUGCUGAACUGCAACACUAGCUUGCCAGUUAUUUUUGAUAGCAGCUCUUAUUUUUACUUUGUGCAUGCUUGAGUCAUGGAAAAGAACUUUUCUUUUGCUGGCCUGGGGAAUUGUGCAUGUGGAGAAAGCCGGGGAAUACAGAAAGUUGCACAAAUUGGGGGAGUGUAAUGCAGACAUUUGUACUCACCCCAGCAGUUGUCACCUCACGAGGCUUACCAUCAACGAGAGUGAACUUAUACUUGCCAGAGCAGGGCACUUUUACAUACCCAGGAAUAGCUGACAAACAUGACUAUCCAGUCUGUUAUUAGUUCAGUUUCAUUUUUCAAUUGGGUCUAUCCUGUCAAUAUGAGAUCAGUGGAUAGACUCUAUAAAAAGUGAAGCCAAUAGACAAAUUUGGCUAACGCUGUUUACAUCGUUGCCACCCAAUUCACAGCUUUGGAUAACUCACAUGCCUAGUUACUAUUGUUCUAGUUUACAGAAGCAUAGACUGAAUAGAACAAAAGUAACUAAACAUUAAACUUAUGUAUUAUCACUUUAUAUUUACUGAGAUCGAGGGAAACAGUGUGUUUUGUGGACCAGAGCCACUUAUAGAUAGUAUAUAAGUGUUAAAGUAUGAAUAAUUCACCGAUUAUUGGAGUGAACUUAGCGGCAGAUCAAGGCAGGGGCGCCGGAGCCACGGGGGCAACUGAAUUGGAAUUUAUAACUAUUUUAAGCAAUCUUUGCUUAAUUUUAACCAGUUGUAGUAAAAUUAAUGCGUGAGGCCGCGGAAUUACUUUUGUAUAAUUGUGAUCAAAAUCAAACGAUUUUUGAAAAUAUGGAGUUCCUAUAAAGUCGGAAAUGGCCUUUACAGAGUUUUUACUACUACAAAAAGGGCAUUUCCUUUCUAGCCCCCCCAAAAAGGCAUUUUUUCAUUUUUAAAAUGUGGUGAGGCACAUGCCCCAUUGUCCCCGGUUCCGCGGCCCCUGAUUAAUGCUAAACCAGGCAAUAUACGUCUGUUUACUGAUUUUAUCAGCGCCCUUAACAUGGUGCAACGAAUAAAAUUGUUCAAAAUUAAUGUCGAAGUUUGCCGACCCACAAUAGCCACAAGUUAUCGAGUAUCCAUACAAUAAAGUUUUAACAAAUAUUGCCGCCCAGAAAAAUGAUUGCUUAGAAGCAAGUGCCCUUUUGAAAUGGCUGGCCCGCCGCUUCACAUUGCUUCCGGCGCCCCUGGAUCAAGGUCAUAAUCAGGAGAUUAUGGUAUUGUGUCAAUGUAUUGACGAAGUUCUUAUUAUAUUACCAAUAUAUUAUUUAAUAACAUUAAAAGAUAUCAGGAUCGUAGACAUCAGCAGAAUCGUUGUAACUGUACUACUGUAUGUGUAUAUUGAAAGUGUAUAAUUAGUGCAAGUGUAUAAAGUUAAGUAUAAAUGUAAAGUAAUUCGAAUUCAAGAAUGUUCUGUACACGAUCGCUUAAUUGUAUAUAUUGUAAUUAUAUUUUCACGAAAUUGUAUAUAUUCUUUUGAACAAGCUAAAAAGGUUUACUCAUGGGUAAUAAAUCAGCUUAUUUUAACUCUUCAAUUACUAGUGUCGCUGAUCAGCGAACACGCGAAUGUAAACAAACAGCUAAAAAUAGACCCAAUUUGGAGAUUUAUAACUUUUCAGAAAAUUGCUUGCAGACGAGUUUUAUUCCUGAUUACUUAACUUUAGUAGGUAUACUUUCAAAUUACAUGCCUUUUGAACUUCAGAUAGGUGCCACUUUUGAGCUAUUUUAAGUAAAAUAUGAACAAUUUUCAGCCUCUCGUCGCCAUCUUGAAAACAUAGUUUCGUAAAACUAUAAAAAAAUCGUAUUAAGCGAAUAAAGUUGUUCAAUCUCCAUGUAAAUGAGGGUAUUAGUGUUAAUCUUGCAUGUGAACAGUAACUAUAGUUUUUAAAAAAUGUUUUUAAAAAAUCAGAUGAAUUCUUGUAAAAUUCCCCUUCAUUUCCGGUCUGAAAAUAUUCUCGCAAGGUCAAAUUUUAACAUGGCUAUAACUCCUAUAAAACAGAAAGUUGAAACGUUCUGAAAGAAGUUCGAUUAAUAUUGACCAAAGUCUAGUUCAUAUGCAAAAUAUGAGCUAAAUCUAUUUUUCCUUCCCCAAACCAGUGAGUGGAUUUUACUGAGAGGCCCUCUUAACAGUACUAAAUGUUGUGUUGUUAUUUGUUGCUAAGUAAGGAGGUAGUUCAGGGAUUAGGCAAUCAAAAAUUUGCAUAACUAAGUGUAUUCAAAUGGAUAGAUAGGGAUUAUUCAUUACGCAGGCGUAUACCUUCAAAUCGGGCGCGUGGCUUUGCAGGCAUAAUUUUCCACAAAAAUUUAGUUUGCACCGUAAUUGUAAAAUUAGUUAAUUCUAACGUACAAAAAUACGUUGUGGGUUUUGCGAGAUAUCGAAAUUUUGUCUUAAAGACUAUUAAGACUACAGUCAUGACCAUUAAGACUAUAUUCAUGACUAUUAAGACUAUGGUCAUGACUAUUAAGACUAGAGUCAUGACUAUUAAGACUAUGGUCAUGAUUAUUAAGACUAUAGUCAUGACUAUUAAGACUAUAGUUAUGACCAAAAGACUAUAGUCAUGACUAUUAAGACUACAGUCAUGACCAUUAAGACUACAGUCAUGACUAUUAAGACUACAGUCAUGACCAUUAAGACUAUAGUCAUGACUAUUAAGACUACAGUCAUGACCAUUAAGACUAUAGUCAUGACUAUUAAGACUACCCUUAUGACCAUUAUGACUAUAGUCAUGACCAUUAAGACUAUGGUCAUGAUUAUUAAGACUAUGGUCAUUAUUAUUAAGACUAUAGUCAUGACUAUUAAGGCUAUGGUCAUAACUAUUAAGACUUUAGUAUAAAUUCAGUAUUGAAAAAUGGCUUUCAAGCACUCUGAUUGGCUCUCUCUGCAGUAACUCUGAAGCAAUAGUUACUGCUGAGACUGCUCUGAGCAGUAACUAUUACUUUCAAAACAAAAUGGCUGCCGAAAAUCCACGUGCAAACAAAUCAUCGAAGAACAAAAAUGAAGAGAUUCAAGGCACAUACUAUUCCUCUAAAAGCAAAGGAAGCAACAAUAUAUGGUGUUAACCUAUUUCCGAAAGACAAAAGCACCCUUUAGAUGCCUAAAACAAUUUGUUUGGCAAUUUAAAACCGGAAAAUAGCAGAAUCGGGCAACAAGGUUCCGACAGCUGGACUCGAAAGCAAAAAAGUGAAUUAAAUUAUAUUUAUAACAUUUGUAUGUAUUAUUAUUUUUCAAUACUGAAUUUAUGCUAAAACAAUUAGUCACCUCAGGUUCGGUGAUCACAAGACUAUAUUCACUUUGCUGCUUCGCAGCUCAGUGAAUAUAGUCUUGUAUUCACCUUGCCUUCGGUGACUAAUUGUUAAAUAGUCAUGACUAUUACGACUAUAGUCAUGACCAUUAAGACUAUAGUCAUGACUAUUAAGACUAUGGUCAUGACUAUUAAGCCUAUAGUCCUGACUAUUAAGACCAUAGUCAUGACCAAAAGACUACAUAUAGUCAUGACUAUUAAGACUACAGUCAUGACCUAUAAGAUUAUAGUCAUGACUAUUAAGACUACAGUCAUGACCAUUAAGACUAUAGUCAUGACUAUUAAGACUACAGUCAUGACCAUUAAGACUACAGUUAUGACCAUAAAGACUAUAGUCAUGACUAUUAAGACUACAGUCAUGACCAUUAAGACUAUAUUCAUGACUAUUAAGACUAUGGUCAUGACCAAAAGACUAUAGUCAUGACCAUUAAGACUAUGGUCAUGAUUAUUAAGAUUAUAGUCAUGACUAUUAAGACUAUGGUCGUGUAUUAUUAAGAUUAUAGUAAUGGCUAUUAAGACUAUAGUUAUGACUAUUAAUACUACAGUCAUGACCAUUAAGACUAUAGUCAUGACUAUUAAGACUACAGUCAUGACCAUAAAGACUACAGUCAUGACCAUAAAGACUAUAGUCAUGACUAUUAAGACUACAGUCAUGACCAUUAAGACUAUAUUCAUGACUAUUAAGACUAUGGUCAUGACCAAAAGACUAUAGUCAUGACCAUUAAGACUAUGGUCAUGAUUAUUAAGAUUAUAGUCAUGACUAUUAAGACUAUGGUCGUGUAUUAUUAAGAUUAUAGUAAUGGCUAUUAAGACUAUAGUUAUGACUAUUAAUACUACAGUCAUGACCAUUAAGACUAUAGUCAUGACUAUUAAGACUACAGUCAUGACCAUAAAGACUACAGUCAUGACCAUAAAGACUAUAGUCAUGACUAUUAAGACUACAGUCAUGACCAUUAAGACUAUAUUCAUGACUAUUAAGACUAUGGUCAUGACCAAAAGACUAUAGUCAUGACCAUUAAGACUAUGGUCAUGAUUAUUAAGAUUAUAGUCAUGACUAUUAAGACUAUGGUCGUGUAUUAUUAAGAUUAUAGUAAUGGCUAUUAAGACUAUAGUUAUGACUAUUAAUACUACAGUCAUGACCAUUAAGACUAUAGUCAUGACUAUUAAGACUACAGUCAUGACCAUAAAGACUACAGUCAUGACCAUAAAGACUAUAGUCAUGACUAUUAAGACUACAGUCAUGACCAUUAAGACUAUAUUCAUGACUAUUAAGACUAUGGUCAUGACCAAAAGACUAAAGUUAUGACCAUUAAGACUAUGGUCAUGAUUAUUAAGACUAUAGUCAUGACUAUUAAGACUAUGGUCGUGAUUAUUAAGAUUAUAGUAAUGACUAUUAAGACUAUAGUCAUGACCGUUAAGACUAUAGUCAUGACUAUUAAGACUAUAGUCGUGACUAUUAAGACUAUGGUCAUGGUUAUUAAGGCUAUAGUCAUGACUAUUAGGACUAUAGUCAUGCAUAUUAAGACUAUAGUCUAGACCAUUAAGACUAUAGUCAUUACCAUAGUCUUCGAUGUCAACAAGACAAUUUUUCGAUAUAUCUCGCAAAACCCACAACGUAUUUAUAUACGUUACAAUUAACUAACUUUACAAUUACGGUGCAAACUAAAUUUUUGCGAAAAUGUAUGCCCGCAAAGCCACGCCCUCAAUUUCAAGGUAUACCCCUGCGUUUUGUUUGGCUAAUCCCUUAAUUACCUCCUUGUCGCCUAAUGACUUAGCAACACAUAACAACACAACAUUUGCAAAGUUUAAUACAUAUUUAUUGAUACAAAUAACAGUUAAAAGAUGUCAAGUUCGCUUGUUAAACCGUAAACAGAAUUGAGAAAUGUAUAUUCCUCGUACGCUUCCCUAGUAUUAGAUUUAGUACUGUUAAAUGUCUCUCCUGUUUCUUCAAUCUUGUAUCGAUAUUGUGGUGGAUUACUGAAUGCACGAUGCCAGUAUUGAUCACACGAGGCUCUGAUUGUUUCCAUUCGAAGAAACCACAAGCGUCGUCCUUUGGGCAGCAGUAGAACAUCCUGUUUUGGUUAGGACCGUCUUUCUUGACUCAUGUUGACAAAUAAGUCUAGUAUUUUCAUAUACAUCUCCCCACUGCCAAAAUUUGCAGGGAUUUUCCCAUUCACAGUAUACGCAGAACGGCCGGCCGUUAUUUUGCUUCAUCUUGUCUUUAACUGUACGUAACUUUGCCAAUUUGUUAUGUGUAGGGCACACGGGAUGUUGAGGACCACUCUUUCUAAAAUCGUCUACGACUUUCGUGAAGAUAUAACAAUCUUCAUCUCGGCAAAAGAACUCACAGCUAGGUUUUUGUCCACAGAACCAAAAUGUACCACGUUUCAUAGUUGAACAGGACGCAGGUUUUCCAUGUAGGCACAACAUGGUUAGAACAGCGAAAUGAUGCUCAAAACGAAUGUGAUCGCAUUUUGUAGCGACGCUAACAUGGGAUCGCCAAUUAAAAAGUGAUUACCGCCGAAUCCUAUUGUGAUAAAAAUGCUGACCUCAACUUAAUAACUGUCUUGCCCAAACUCGCCUUGCAUAUCAUUAUGACGUUAUGCGUGCGCACCCUCCUCCACCUCACUCCACUGCCCCUCCACCUUAAUAUUAAUUACCUCCGCCUCACUCCACCUCCCUCCGCCUGAAUAUUAAUUACCUCCGCCUCACUCCACCUCCCUGCUCCUCCAUCCUUCCUCCGCCGCAAAAAUUCAGGUCGAAAACCUAUUAACUACAUCCGCCUCACUCCACCUCCCUCCUCCUGCGCCCUUACUCUCCCUUCCUCCGCCUUUCCUCCGCUUUUCCUCCGCCUUUCCUCCGCCUUUCCUCCGCCUUUCCUCCGCCCGAAAAUCCUGGUCGAAAACCACAUACACUACUACUGUGGCAUUUGGUAAGGUUGUGGUGUUGGAAGGUUGUGGUAUUUGGGAAGGUUGUGGCAUUUGGUAAAGUUGUGGUAUUGGAAGGUUGUGUCAUUUGGUAAGGUUGUGGCAUUUGGGAAGAUUAGGGUAUUUGGCAAGGUGGCAUUUGGGAAAGUUGUGGUAUUGGAAGGUUGUGGCAUUUGGUAAGGUUGUGGCAUUUGGUAAGAUUAGGGUAUUUGGCAAGGUUGUGGCAUUUGGGAAAGUUGUGGUAUUUGGUAAGGUUUUGUAAUUUUGGAAGGUUGUAAUUUUGGAAUUUUUUGGAAUUUUGUUAGGGCUUAGCCCCCCAGAAAAUUUGAAUUUUUGGAAAAAAAUUUAUAAUUAGGGAAAAAUUUAGGUUAUCUUUUGAAAAUUUAGGUAUAAGGGGACAAAUUUGCAAUAUUUUGUUUAAAAAAAGUGUAUUUCCGAAAAAAAAUUUUGAUAUAAGUCCGAAAAAAUUUUUUUCGUCCCUUUUCCACAUGUUCAGGCAUGGGUACUUCUUUAUUUCUGUUCUUCCAAUAUUUAUUCGGUUUCCCCUAGUAUAUCGCCAUGUUGUUUUUGAUGUUCAACAGGUUCGUCUUCAAUCUUACCAUGUAGAUUAUCCGGCUGUAAUUCUGCUGCUUACUCUGCGUCAGAUGCGUUGUCCUCGGCCUGCACUUGUAGCUCGGUCGAUUGUUCUGUAUCUGGCAUAUCGGUCUCCCAGUCGACAGUGUUGUCUGUUGAUUGCACGCGACGUGAAACUGAAGGGUAUACUUCCUCGUCAUCAGAUACUUCCUCACUAGCUAUAUAGUCACAUGGAAGUAGCAAAUUGCGAUGCAAUGUGCGAAGUUUCUUCUUAGAUUCCGAUUGGACGUCGUAUACCUUGCUGUCUGGCCCUUUUCCCGAUAGUACAAUGUGUACCUCAUCCUCCCAGAAGGAUCUCAACUUCCUCGGACUGCCUCCCAAAUCUCGAACUAAAACCAUGUCCCCAGGUUUAACGACUGCCUUGCGAACUUUCUUGUUAUCUUUUCUUUUACCUGGCGAUGCAUUUUCGACUCUUAGGUUUGAAGCUUUGGCAUAUGUUUCCUUCAUUGCUGUUUGGGAGUAGGUGGUGGUGCAAUCUUCAUUUUUUAGUUUGAAUGCCAGAUCAAUGAGUAAUCGUGCAGAGUGGCCGAAUAGGGGAAAGAGAAGGGAGUAACUGGUAGCUUGGACAAUGGCAGACACGUGUGACGAAGUAUUCAAUGUCCCGUCUCAUAUACGGCCAGUAAAAACGAUGCCUGGCAAGAGCUAGAACUCUCUCUACUCCAAGAUAGCCCAUAUGUUCAUGCAAUUCCGAAUUUUUUUUGGCAGAACUACUUGCGAUCGGUGCAAUACGAUACCAGAACUGGGGACAAUUCGGAGUUUUGGUAGUUCAAACAGAAAUCGUUUCACCUCGGGUGUCUCACGCUGUCGUUCUUUGGGUGUUGGAAUUUAUUAGCAUCAGAUAAUCUCUUUUAUGCGCUUGUUGUUCUGAGACCGUUUGUGCGAAGGCUGGACAGCACUAUCCACCAGAUGGUGAUUUUUUCAACCGUUGUAAAAAUGCUUAAAAAAACUAUAAAAUUACAGAUAUUGCCUUCACAAUUGAUAAAAAGAAACUUCAAUUCAUAAUUACUAAAAUUUAAUCUGGUUACACCAAUUUGGAAGCUUGAAAAAUCGCUAUCCACGGUGGAUAGCGUAUCCGACUUUCGUACAGCCUGCCCUUGGUCGUUAUCUUGUUCUCGUGGUAUUACAACUGGCAUUGGAAGGAAGGAAAGUUCCAUCGUCGUGCAAUAUCUGUUUUUUGGUUGUGAAGGAAGUGAGCAAAAUUGCUUCGCUAGUACCGAGGGCCCAGAUAGAUGUGAUGGAGGCGUCAAGUUCUUUUUGUGAAAUUGUUUGGGUACACGAUGCCAUAUACUCUCGAAGUCUGGAUAAGCUGGAUAGGCUGUCAGCGUCUAUUGUUGUGACCAGGUCGAUAUUUCAUAUCGAAUUUGAAGUCUGAGAGUUCACCUUCCCAGCGCAGGCCUGUGGCAUUAAUUCUUGCUGUGGUGAUAUAGGUCAGAGGAUUGUUGUCUGUAAACACCGUGAAUUUUGGGCACUAAUACAAUAAUGACGAGACUGUUAAGUGAUCGAUGCUGACUUCGUCUGUAGUCUUGUCCCAACCUCGUUCCCAGGGCUUUAGUGUGAGGACGAGGGGAGAGACGAGGAAGCUUUGGUCUGGGCCUGGUCACGUGACUACCCAAAAAAUGGCAGUAUUUGACAGCUACUCGUCAAGGAGUGGCGAGAUAUUCUUUAAUGAAAUAUGCAAGUCUUCGAAACAAAUAAACAGCGCCAAAAGACUUCUCAAUCGAUAUUAUUUAUGUGUAGCGAAGUUUGGCACGAAUCAGCUGAAAUCUCUGAAGACCCCGUCUAUGUUUUCUAAGAUAUACCGAUAUUUCUGGAGAUUUUCAACCACAGGCAAAGCUGCAUCCAAGCUGCAUCUAGGCGUCUCCAUGCAAGUUGUGAUUCACACGAAAUUUGCUUUCUCUCGUCUUGAACAAUAUGGCUAUUGCCUUUAAUAUUUUAAUUAGUUUAAAUAUGCUCUUAUAGAUCUGACUUAGUUUGACAUAAAUAAACACAAAUAUAAAACCUCGGGUAACCUGUUUACGCUGUACAGGAAUAUACGGAUUCGCUUGUUUUGCCGGACACCAACACUUGCCGUUCAGGAGCAAUGCUUGCCUACAAAUUUUAUCCCCUUCACAAUCUAUGUUUUAUUUUAUCGUAUAGUCGCAAUUUUCAAGUAUUCGGGGUAUUCUGAAACUGUAAAACUCGGUGGCGUGACGAAUCUUGUACAGUUGUAGAGACUACAUCGGCCAGAGCUAUUAAGUUUUAAAACAGGGCUUAAAUUAAUUUAGUAGUUUCAUUUAAUUGUUUGUCUUGCUUUUAUUUGUCGAUCAGUAUAGAAUAUUGUAAAUUAAAUAUUACUACAAUGCAAUACGCGUAGUAUUUCAUCAGACGUCUGCACUACAUUAAUAUAUAAAAUACUGUACAAGGAAAACUACAGCUUAAAUAAUAGUAGACGUUUCUUGUUUUGUCAGGAAACAUCACAGCUCACGUCGACACGGCUUUUGAGUUUUGUAACCGGUCGAGGCGAAAGUAAAUCAUGCAGUCUGGAAAACGUCUUACUUUGAAAGAUUAUUUUGCAAAACAUACUCAUACACACAAGAAUCAUAAAAAUACAAAUGUUGAAUUGUUAUUGUCAACUGUCAAGUUCAGUUAUUUUUAGACAAUAUGGUGUUAGCCAAUGAAAAUGCAAAAUUGACCGGCCCAGACCAGGGCUUCCUCUUCUCUCCCCUCGUCCUCACACUAAAGCCCUGGGAACGAGGUUGGUCUUGUCCCAUUUAAAAGCUCAUAUAUGGUUUUGCAAUCAUCGAAAAGUUCUCAAUCGAACGUCGAUACACACCAAGUAGACCUAUUAUCUUACGCACCUCACCCAUGGUCUUACAUAUAACUCCUUUAAGAUUUUCAACAGCUUCAGUCGCCGUCCGAUACCCGUUCGCUGAAACGAUUUGACCCUUUUUAUUUAUUUUUUAGUUACAUUUUUUAGUUUGCACUUGACCCGUUACAUUUUUUAGUUUGCACUUGACACCAUGAAUUUUUAGUCAUUGAAGAACUUUCUGUAGAUGAUGUACAUGCUUCUUGAAGGUCUUUGAGAAGACAAUGACAUCUUCUAAGUAUGGUAUACAAAUGGUAUCUCGGUGUCCCAAACAGUUCUCCAUAAACCUCUGGAAGUUGGCCGGCGCAUUUGUUAACCCAAACUGGAUUCUGACCCACUCGUAUAACCCCCAGGGGGUUAUGAAGGCUGUACCUGUAGGAGGCUGACUGUCUCGGUCCAUGAACCCUUGAUGGUACACUUGUCCCUGAUGGAGGACACUAAAGCCGGUUUUCCACUUCAAGCGUACCGUACCGAAACGUAUCAAAAAGUUUUUAAAUUUCAAAAUUUCGUGAAUGUUGAUUGGUUAGUACUUCCCUAGUACGCCAAAAAGUUGACUUGUGACGAACUUUUUAUUUUGAUACCCGAAUACACCCGGAAGUACGUGGAUUUGUAAACCUCUUUUCAAUCUGCGCAUGCUCAUCAGUACGUUUCGGUACGAUACGGGCGAAGUGGAAAACUGGCUUAAAGUUAUCUAGUGUCUUCUGGAUACGUGGGAUAGGGUGUCUGUCAGGGACAGUUUUCUGAUUCAAAAUUCGGUAGUCUACACACAAUCGUCCUUUUUCCGAACACAUACCACACUGCUAGAGGAUGAUGACUUCGAUUUCCGAAUGAAGUUUCUGUUCAGUAGGUCCCUUAUAUAAGCCUUCACUUCCGGAUACAAAGGUCUAGGCAUUGAUAAAUAGUUCUUUUGAAUUGUUUGAUUAUCAGUUACAUGAAUGUUCAUUUGAAGUCUCUCAAUACACCCAACGUCUUCGUCAUUCAUCACAAAUGCAUCUGCUUCCUUGCAUAACAUCUCCAUCGCUCCUCUUCUUUGGUCUUGUGUAAGCCCACUCAAGUCUAACAGCUGGUUCAUCAUCUCCCAUGGAUGAUGAUAGUUUUGUUGGAUCUGAUCCCAUUUGUUUCGAUUCUGUUUCACUCUCGGUUGGUUGCGCCUGGUUGUUCUCCAGCCUCUUCAUUCUUUAAUUUACUUCAAGUGGGGUUACUGGGUAAACCAAUUACAGGUGACCAAGGGCCAAUCUGUGUCGUGUUGGAUACUGAGAUGUAUAAUAUGCCUUGUUUUAUUGUAGUCAGAACUUCGUGAACUAUAUACCUAGUUGUUCGUCUGGCUCGAACAAUGCAGGGCUGUGUCCAGUGUUCGCACGGCACGAAAUAUUCAGAAUGGCCACUAGGUAUAACCUAGUUCAUACGCCGUUCGUUCGAAAUGUUACUUUUAAUGCCAGGGUUCGUAGCGGUCUUUGAAAUCCUUGAAAGUCUUUAUAUUUGAAUGCAGGUCUUUAAGGUCUUUGAAAAGUCUCUGAAUUGUGUGAAAAAGCGAAGAAAGUCUUUAAAAGUCUUUAAAUUCUUUAGUGAGUAUUUGAUUAUACGAUUUCCUAGCUAAUAAAAUAGAUUGAUUGAAGCAAGAUUUUCGCAAAUAUCGACGAAAAGGCGCAUUUUAGGAUGUGAUUUCACGGGACUAAUUACCGGGUAAAAACGAUGCUUACACUUGCAAUGCUGAUUGCUCUCAAAGGUCUUUGAAAAGUCUUUGAAAAUAGGCAGCAAAAAUCUUUGAAAGUCUUUGAAUUUUUUUGGUCUUGGAGACUACGAACCCUGUUACUUUUAAUGCACACAUGUUUUUUUAACAGAGAGUUUCAGCUUCGCGUUCAUACGCCGUUGGUUGUUUGGCGUAUGAACGCGAAGCUGAAACUCUCUAUUAAAAAACAUGUGCAUUAAAAGUAACAUUUCGAAUAUAAUAAUAGAUACAAUCCCCUGAGUACUGUCUUAUUGAAACACGAGGAAAUGGAGUAUGUACUAAAACUCCAUGGACAUACCAUCGAUAUUCAUGUGCACCCUGUAUAAUUAUAUUUUCGUACUGUUAUUUCUAUAUAUGCAUGUAUGUGUCUUGUUAUCGAGCCGUUCCACUUAUAUAUGAUUACAAUUUACGGCAAUUUACAACAACAGACUCGCUGUUGGCUGCUAGGCAAAUGUUCUUGGCUUGUCCUUGAGUAUAUUACAAAUCCUUUCGUAGUACUUCUUUGCGGUUUUGCCCAAUAUGAAACUGAACGACUCCAGUAUUUUAUGCAGACCUUGCGUAGCGACGUCGGAAAUGUAAUCCACAAAGAAUACAUAUACAAAGUUCUUUUUACAUCCAUCUCACUCAUUGAUUUUGCAACACAAACUUUUGCUAUUCAUUAAAAUUACAUGCAUUUGUUAAAUUACACCCACUCUGAUAUCGGCAUCUUGAUCAGCAACUAGAUCGGUAAAACAAACUUAGCCCCCCCCCCCUUAUCUAAACAUUUUCUUAUCUCCCAAAAUCUGGGAGAAACGUGACCAGCCUGGACCAGGGUAUUUCCUCCAGCGAGGAGCGUAGUGGAAAGAGCAUGGGUACGAGGUUGAGUUAUAGUCUAGGACCUGUAUAUGAGUUUGUAUGCGUUUCAUUUAGGACAGGUAAUCUCGACUGUUUUAGGGUAAAAUGACCAUGGCGGUCAACGUGGCAUAUGUGCGAAAACCUGAAUCCGGGAUGAAAGUCCUGAAAAUGAUCCCGCUCUGAAACGGCUGUGUCGACAUAGCUCUAACUUCCGAAAAGGAAAAGCGAUAGCCUUUCUGAAGUGCUUAUAGUGUUUAGAAGGGUUGCUUUUAGGGGUGGUCAUUGGAAGGAAAAAUUUGUCUAAGUAUAAUAUUUUACAAGAAAAUGACCAUGCACCACCCCAGGUAAAUUGCUAAUUAUGCAUAAAAUAACUAAUAUGCCUGGCAGAAAUUAAAUUUUCUUAUUUCCUAAAAAAAAUUAUCAUUGGAUGAAAAACUAUGCUUAGUUCAAUAUAAUUAUUGUGGAUUUCAUAAGGAUUGUCAUUGUUUUCUUUUAAUAUAAUACAUUUUAUUUCACUUACCCCCCACGAAAACACGAUUUCAGCCAUAUUUUGCCGUCUUGUUUGCUUUUUAUCGCCGAAUCUCGCAAAUAUCAUUCAGUUAUUGUACUUUUACAUAAUCAUAAAUGGCUGAAGAAGAUUUCAAAGAAGGUUUCAUCAACUUUUGAAACAGUGCAGUGUAUUUUAUCUACGAUAUUGUGUCCUUCGAUAUUCCGCCAAAUUGCCGCCAUUUUAAUGGCUCGCCGCUCCUCUGCCCGAUAAAUGCCACUUCUUCGUUUUCAUAUGUGUUUAGAUUACAUUAGCCAAGAGUACUUCAUUGUAGAAUAGUCCCAAUCCAAAAAUUGGAAAUAUUAUUUGUACUUGGGAGGAAAAAACCUCCCAGUAUAGUUGUCCUGUUAGAAUUCAAAAGAAAUAAUUUAAAAGUCACGCGCAAGUUCGCGAAAAUACCUCGUGGACUACAUGACAGGGGGUGAAUAUUUUCACGAAACGUUUGUUCGCCACCACAGCAACCUAACUAAAUGUAUUAUAUUUUUUGUAUUUUUAUAAUUGAUGAUAAAAAUACGCAAAUAUUUAUUGUUUUUAUCAUAAAUCACAAAUAUACAAUAAAUAUAAUGUACUUAGUUAGGUUGCUGUGGCCUGUGGUGGCGAACAAACGUUUCGUGAAAAUAUUCACUCCCCCCUGUUAUGUAACCCACGAGGUGUUUUCGCGAACUUGCGCGUGACUUUUAAAUUAUUUCUUUUGAAUUCAAACAGGACAACUAUUAUGGGAGGUUUUUUCUUCCCAAGUACCAAUAAUAUUUUCAAUUUUUGGAUUGGUACUGUUCUACAAGGAAGAACAAAAUAUGGCUGAAAUCGUGUUUUCGUUGGGGGUAAGUGAAAUAAAAUGCAUUAUAUUUAAAGAAAACAAUGACAAUCCUUAUGGAAUCAACAAUAUUUAUAUUAAAUUAAGCAUAGUUUUUCACCCCAUAAUAAUUUUUUUUACGAAAUAAGAAUAUUAAAUUUCUGCCAGGCAUAUUAGUUAUUUUGUGCAUAAUCAGCAAUUUACCUGGGGUGGUGCAUGGUCAUUUUCUUGUAAAAUAUUAUACUUAGACAAAUUUUUCCUUCCAAUGACCACCCCUAAAAGCAACCCUUCUAAACACUAUAAGCACUUCAGAAAGGCUAUCGCUUUUCCUUUUCGGAAGUUAGAGCUAUGUCGACACUCCCGUUUCAGGACGGGGUCAUUUUCAGGACUUUCGUCCCGGAUUCAGGUUUUCGCACAUAUGCCAUGUUGACCGCCAUGGUCAUUUUACCCUAAAACAGUUGAGAUUACCUGUCCUAAAUGAAACGCAUACAAACUCAUAUACAGGUCAUAGACUAAUACUAACAAUACAGCUGACCCACCCUGGUUGAACCAAAGAUUAAAACCACUUAUCCUUAAAAGGGAGAAAGCAUUCGCUGUCAGUGAUCCGAAGUCUAUUAAAUUCAAACAGUUAAGAAACGCAGUCAAUCGUGAAAGGAAAAUUUGCAAGUCACGUUAUUACAAAUCCAGAGUCGAGCAUAUGAAAAGUCAAAACCCAAAAAUAUGGUGGAAUGAAAUCAAACAUCUGGGAGGAACGAAAGACCAAUCCGGAAACCUACUCUCUCGUUUGGAUAUGGAAGAAUUAGAAAGCCUAAGCUGCCUAACAAAACAGGAAUUAGCAAAUGCAAUUGGAAAAGCAUUUCUUGACCCAUUGGAGGACUAUCGUUUACCCAAUUCAAUCAGUAAGCUUCCCUCGGAGGAGUGCCCAGUUUUUGCACAAGUGACUGAGUCAAGAGUGCUGAAACUGGUAUUCCAAGUUAGUUUCAAAGAUAUUUGUUGAUUUUUUAGCUUUCCCAAUUUGCAUUAUCCUGAAUUCCUCAUUCAAAGAGUAGUGUCUGCCAACCUUAUGGAAGAUAGCUGAUGUUAAUCCUCUACCUAAGAAUAAGGUUAUUUGCAACCUAGUAAAAAUUUACGACCAAUUUCACUAACAUCCUUUAUUUCGAAAAUCGCCGAGGAUAUUAUAGUUAAUGAUUACGUCAAGCCGUCUGCCUUAAAGGUCAUGGAUCCCCAUCAGUAUGGUGCAAUACCAAGAUCUUGUACCACUUUUGCCCUUUUGGAUAUGUUUCACAACUGGACGCUGGAAACCGAUGCUAAUGGUGCAACUGUGAGAGUUACAGUAUUUUGUUCAAUUAUAGGAAGGCAUUCGAUCUUAAUGACCACAGUAUAUUGAUCCAGAAACUAUAUGUAAUCUUGAUUGGCAGCACAGUGUUGUGAACUGGAUAAUCGACUUCUCGACAGACCGUUAUCAAAGAAUCGAACUGCUCGAUGAAUGUUUUUUCUGAAUGGGGAUGUGUCCCAUCCGGCGUGCCCCAAGGAACUAAACUUGGGCCUUGGCUUUUUCUUGUCAUUAACAACGAUCUUGCUAUCGACAACACUAAAUUGUGGAAAUUACAACAACGUCGUAGACAGUUUUUAAUUAAAGGAAAAGUAAGUUAUGCUCAAUCAGUUGCAGACCGCGUAUCAAGUUGGUCAAGUGUAAAUAAGCUCCAACUUAACCCUGAUAAGUGCAAAGGGUUACGUAUAUCCUUUUCCAAGUGUUAGCGUAAUUUUAACCCCAUUGUUAUUAAUGGAAAACCUCUUGAAGUCGUUGAAAGUUCGAAACUCUUAGGUUUUACAAUCACCAGUAACUUUUCCUGGAAUGCUCAUUUAAAUGAUAUUACAAAGAGGGUUUCGAAAAGAAUCUACUUCCUUAUACAAUUGAAGAGGGCAAAUGUUGCAUGUGAUGAUCUUAAAAUAUUUUAUGUUGCAUGAAUUAUAUCUGUAUUAGACUAUGUAGUACCAGUUUUCCCUGGUUCACUACCUAAUUGCCUUAUCAAAGAUAUGGAAAGAAUUAAAAAACGAGUCAUGUCAAUCAUCCUUCCUAAUCUUGAGUACGAAAUGGCUUUGAAGAAACUUGAAAUGGAAAGUCGUUGUUUGAUUCUAUUACAAAAGACAGCACGCACAAACUGCAUGGCUUAUUGCCUCCUCUAAAUCAAAGUACAAUUUUAGACAUAACCGCAAGUUCAUGUUACCGAGGAUUAAUACCAAUCGUUGUACAAAUAGUUUUAUAAUAUCCGGCAGCCGAAAAGCAAACGAAUACUCUUAGAUUAUAGGUUUUAAACUUACAUUUUUAGCUAGUUCAGAGUAUAAUCUAUUCUUAUAACUGUUCACUUUAUUGUAUAUAACUCGUAAUUCAGCCCUAGGGCUGCAAUGUAUUAUUUUUGAAAUAAAUCAUAAAUCACAAAUGUGACACGGGUUCUUAGUUUUACUUAAUUUGUAAAAUAUAAUCACCAAAUCUGGUUUUUAGCUCUUUAAUUUCGACUUUUAACACGAGAAACCUUUCUCAAAUACAAUAUGUGCUUUUCUGAGCCCGCGGUCAUACUGACCUUUGCCGAAAUACUUAGUGUAAUAUAUCACUCGGCUUAGUUGUCAACACUUCUAUAUUGUACACCGGAAAUUAUGUUUUUGCUACAGGUCUAAUUAUUUUAAUAAAAAGGGAUUCCAGGGACAAUAUUUUUGCAGAUUUCCAAUGUUUCGGUAAUAUAUAGUGUUAUAUCUUUAAAUUUAACUCUUUUUAAUACAUAUAUUUAAUUCACAGUUACUUCGACCAACGUCUCCAAAAACUAUCAUCCUCAAUCCCCCACGCCAUUCAAUAACACCACGCCUAUACACUUCCGUCCAAACUACUUCCGCUCUAAACAGUACAUCUUCCCUUUACUUUAAAAUAAACUUAAAACCCGCUAAUAUGAAUAUCUUUUAAAUGUCAAUGUUAUCUUCAAACGUCAAUGACUAUCAACCGUCAUUUAACAUUACUACUAACAACGACCUAACACCGAAACCUAACAAAAACACAACUUAUUUUACGAGAGUAUAUAAUACUAGAUUAUAUCAUAGUCUUUAGUGUUAGUUACUAUACUUAAAUAUACAGUACUCACGACAUUGAUGAAUACUCAAUAGUAUCUUGGUUUGUUUCUAUUCCUCAGCGGAUAUCUUCUUGGCUCUGGAACUUCUCUUUGUUCACCGGUUUCUGUUGUCCCAUUGUCUAUGUCUUUCUCUUCUCCAUCACAGUCAUGCUUGGUUUUCAAUGCAUCGCUUUCACUGCGAAGGUAUUUCUUGAAGUAAGAGACAUUCCUGGUAACUAAAUAAUCUUCUCUUGAUGCUGUAAGCAUUGUUCCAUUCACUUUGGUCACGACCAAAGGUUUUGGAUCAAAUAACGAUGCUAUUAUCGAAAUCACUAGAGUGGUAAAUUUGUCUUUCGAGAUUUGCACGCGCGGGGUUGAUUUUAUGUACCACGUGAUGAACUUUUUGAACACCUCGUGACCGCUUCGAAACUUCCAACGGCGUUCGUAAACAAUCUGCGAUGUUCUAGUGGAAUUGAUGCUUUAAUGAUUGAGAAAAUUAUUUUUAGAGCUCUUUAAUAGUAAUACUUUUGACUAUGUUUCAAGAAAUGAAGGUAGAGUCUACAACAUUCUUGAACUGACACAAAAUACACGAAUAUUCAGGUUUGGCUAUUUGUAGACUACAAUAUAAAUUCAGUAUAGACAACCACACUGAGGUGUAAGAUUUGUAGUAAAUACUUUUUCUUUACCUUAAUUUGUAGUUCCAAAACAUGCUUGGGCGUUUAUAGUUCUUUUCAGAACUUUAGAAUUACAAUUCGCAUAAUCAAAAUAUUAUUUAAGCAAUAUUCCCUGUCAAUCCCUGUCAAACAUCGCAGAUUGUUUACGAACGCUGUUGAAAGUUUCGAAGCGGUCACGAGGUGUUCAAAAAGUUCAUCACGUGGUACAUAAAAUCAACCCCGCGCGUGCAAAUCUCGAAAGACAAAUUUACCACUCUAGUGAUUUCGAUAAUAACUUGUUACGGUACUGUUGUCUAACCAGAACUUUAUCUCCAACUGAAAUUUGUGGUUCUCUUGCUCUUCUCGUCUUGUCAACGUAUGUUUUUGCCUUCCGUUGCUUCUUCUCAACAUUUUCUUUUGCUUUGCUGUGCAGCUCUUUGUAAUCCACCUCUCUCUUUUCCGGUGACAUUGGAAUGGUACUUCGAACUUCACGGUUAAAUAAAAGCUGUGCAGGUGCUACACCAGUGCUACACUGUGGAGUAGUACGGUAGGCUAGUAAAAAAGUAUAAAUCUCUUCUCGCCAGUCACAGCCUUCCAACUGAGCUGCUCGUAUGGCUUUGUUAAGUGGCUUCAUGAACGAUUCAGCCUCGCCAUUUGCUUGAGGCCAUAAUGGAGUAAAAGUUCGAUAAAGGAUGCCUCGGUCUUUCAUGUAUUGGUGAAACUCUUUUGCAUUAAACGAUGGACCAUUGUCAGUACGUACCUCUAGUGGUAAUCCAUGUGUGGCAAAUAUUCUUUCCAAUCUUGUGAUGACUUGCUUAGUGGUUGUUGACUUCAUAAUUUCCACUUCCGGAAAUUUGGAGUUUGCAUCAGUGACAACUAGCAACGCUUCUCCCGUAGUAUAUGGUCCUAAAAAAUCCAUAUGAAGGCGUUCCCAAGGUUUGCUUGGCAUCUGGUUAAAUUUUAUUGGUGCUGGUGGGUCUGCUUGCCCAAGACACUGACAAGCAUGGCACCGUUGCACAUAAUCCUUUGAAUCUUUUUCAAUUUUGGGCCAUCAUACUUUUGUUCUUAGAGCUUGCUUAGUCUUUACAAUUCCUUGGUGCCCUUUAUGAGCAUGUUUUAAUGUUUCCAUUCUCAACUUAGAUGGCAUAACAAUUUGUGAACCUCGCAAGAGUAGUCCAUUAUUGGUCACUGAUAGUUCAUGCCUGACAGAAAAUAGAUCACUUGCCUUAGUCCAUUUUCCCGAUUGAAUGUUUGAUAUGGCAUUCUGUAAUUGAUGAUCUUUUUUGGUAGCCACCAUGAUAUCUUUGAUGUUCAUUGCAACAGGGACAGAGUGUUGUUCCACAAAAUUGACAUAUUGAUCUGCUACAUUGCUAGCACUCUUUUCUGAACACUGUUGUAAAGGUUGUCUUGACAAAACGUCUGCUGGGUUUCCAACACCUGGUCUGUGUUGAAUGUCAAAAUCAUACUGUUGUAACCUCAGACCCCAUCGCUCAAUUCUUGCAGGCAUUUUGGACUUGGUAUUGUAGAUAACUUCGAGAGCUUUAUGAUCAGUUACAAUGGCGAACUUUGUGUCCACCAAGUACAAAUGAAAUUUUUCACUCCCCCACACCACUGCGAGAGCCUCACGUUCGGUUUGCGAAUAUUUCUGUUCAACUUUAGACAGUGAUCGACUAGCAUAUGCGACAUUAUGAAUGUUACCUUGUGAGUCAACAUUUGAUAAAAUUGCCCCAAGCCCCACUGGGCUUGCAUCAACUGUGAGCACGGUUUUUUGCUUGGGGUUGUAGUAGUGCAUGAUGCAAUCCUUCUGAAUAGCUUGUCUAAUUGCAUCAAAUGCUUUUUCAUGCACUGGUUUCCAUUCAAACUUGGUAUUCUUGGCAGUUAGUUCCCGUAGUGGUGCUGUUAAGGUUCAGUAAUUCUGUAUGAAUUUGCUACAAUGAUUGGAUAGUCCGAGAAAACUUCUCAAUUCUUUUACAUCUCUGGGUUGGGCUGUAUUCUUUAUAGCAUCGACCUUACUCGGAUCAGCCUUGAUACCAUUUGAUGUCAAAUGCAAUCCAUAAAACCAAAGUUCUGUCUGGUUGAACAGGCAUUUUUCAGGGUUGACAGUAAGAUUUUUCUCUUGAAACCUUGGAAAUAAUUGCUCUACCCUCUGAUCAUGUUGUUGUUGUGUAUUGCCCCAGACAAUAAUGUCAUCUGCAAUGUUUUUAACACCGUCUAGUCCUUGGAUAGCUCUUCACUUGCUGCAUUAAUGCCAAAGGGUAGUCGCUUAUAUCUAAAUAAUCCUCGAUGUGUUGUAAAAGUUGUAAUCGAUCGCGAUUCUUUGUCAAGGGGUAUUUGGUGGUAGCCUGCUUUCAAAUCAACUUAACUAUAUUUUACGGCACCGUCCAUGUUUUCCAUAAGCUCUUCAACAGUUGGAAUGGGAUGCCUUUCUCUCUUGACAGCUCUAUUGGCUUGUCUAUAAUCUCCACAUACCCGAACUUCCUUUGGAUUUCUUGGCUUGGGUGUGACAACAAGUUCACUAACCCAAUCUGUAUAUUCAUCUACAACAGGCUCAAUUAUGUCUUUUUCAAUAUAUUCUUCAAUCCAUUCAUCAAGUUGCUUUCGCAAGUGAAAAGGUACUCUCCUGUAUGUUUGAGCUACCGGUGGAAUGUCCUUAUUUAUGUGUAUCUUCUGCUCAUGGUCUUUCAGUUUGCCUAUUCCUUCAAACGAUUUUGGAUAACGCCGUCGUAAAAAAACGUUCCAUGUUUUUGCUCUGAUUAAUGUCAUUCGCUGUGCUCGAAUUGCUUUGUUCCGACACACUGCUGUUUACUUCCGGUUGCUCUGAUAACUUAUUGAUACGCAUUGUUAUUAAGUUUACCUCUAGAGCAGUUUGAUAACUCAAAAUUGAGGUUGAGGGCUGAUCAGGUGUCUCUUUCAUGGCAUACAGAGUUGCAGCUGUGACCCGUCGUUUAGAUUCGAUGACAGUGUCAAAUUUUCCUUGUAGCUGGAUUGGUUCGCGAGAUCCAAAGGCAUAAACAGAGGUUUUCGUUUUCUUUAGAUGUAUAUUUCCAUUUCUAAUCGACAAUAUGUUGUCAAGGUCACGCUUUGUCAAAAUAUUCACAGUCGCUCCAGUAUCCACGAGAAACGGCACUUGUACUCCAUUUAUUUUCAACUUUAUUUGAAGACAUAGCAAAACAAUUUUCGCUACUCGUAUCGCUUUCCUCAGACGAUUCAGAACUUCGACUCGAUGUGUUUUCUCUUUCCUUUUUGACACCUAUGGCUUCCUUAGUACAGCCACAGCGUUUGUGUUCCAGAUUGUUUACUUUGUGAUCGCUUCGUUCUACUUUAGUUGAUUUUGGAAGAUGUUUUCCAUCUGGUCUACUUUUACACACAACGGCAAAGUGUCCCAUUUUGUGGCACUUUCGGCACUCUUUUCCUGAUGCAGGACACUCGUUUACGUGUGGAUAAUUCCCCCGCAUGUAUAACAUUUCUUCGAUAUUUGUUUAUUCGGUCGAUGGCCUCGACGUUGCGUGUUACUGUAUACGUGAUCUUCCAGCGUAGAUUUCUUUUCCAUUUCGUCGGUUUGUUUGUCGGCUAACUCGAUCGAGCGUGCAUAGGCAAUUAAAUCAUAAAGUUUUGUGUCGUCGCGAAGGGCUUUUCUUCGUAAACGAGAUGAUCGGCAGUGCUCCACAAUUUGCGUACGAAUUUCGUCAUCCAAAUCACCGAAAUCACAAGUAGCCCCAAGAUGUCUCAAUCGGGUAUGAAACUGAUCAAUAGAUUCGUCUACACGUUGUUUUGCUUGGCGAAAUCUAUGGCGCUCGUAUAACACAUUCUGUUUUGGCGCGAAAUACUAGUAAGCUUUUGCACAGCUUUGUCGUAAUCGUCGUCGUUUCCCGUAUCUGACAGAGUUGCGAAAAUGGUCUCCACUUCAGGGCCAGCCAAAUACAACAACAAGGCACAUUUUCGUGCUUUCGCUUUAAUAUCAAACCCAACCAUGCAUCGGGUGAAUCUCUGAACCCAAUCUUUCCAUCGAACCGCCAACGAACUCUGAUCACUGUGCGGAUUAAAAAGGUUGAAUUCCAGAGAAAUUAAGCCCCGCAAAAGCCAUAGUACUUGUUUAGUUUCCUUUGUACCGUUUUAUGAAAUCCUCGUCGCCAAUGUUAUAUCUUUAAAUUUAACUCUUUUUAAUACAUAUAUUUAAUUCACAGUUACUUCGACCAACGUCUCCAAAAACAAUCAUCCUCAAUCCCCCAUGCCAUUCAAUAACACCACGCCUAUACACUUCCGUCCAAACUACUUCCGCUUUAAACAUAGUAUUUCAUAGAAUGUAAGGUACUUUUUCAUAAGGAAAAAAUACUAGGUACCAAGAGAAAUGUCUUUUUACUUAUAAUAUUAUUUGAAAUAUUGCAUAUCUAUUUUGUUUCUAAUUUAGAACUGAGGACAAUUGGCCAAGUGGGCAUGACGACGAUUACGACGCAGAAUUAGCAGCAUUUGUUGAGGGACAACGGAAAUAAUACAGCAUUUCGAAUCACUCAAGUAGCACAAAAUUAUCAAAGUGUUUGUAAAAUUGAGCGUUUGUUGUCAAUGGCUUUAUACAAAAUCAACUUCAAUUUGUUUGGGAGAGUUUUUCAAAUGUUGCAUCUUGUGACUUUAAAUCCAGUUGUGUGAUCACGAACGAAUGUUUAACAUGAACCGGUCUCCAUGUAAUUGAAUUGUUUGGGCCUGUGCAAAGCAACUAAAAUUCCACUGAUAAGAUCCUUAUGUUGUAACUAACAUUACUUUUUAAAUUGGAUUUUCAUUUACAAAUUUUGCUAACGCGUUGUUUACAUCGUUUCUACCCAAUUCACAACUUUAGAUAACUCAACACAUGCUUAGGCCUGUUUCAUACGUCGAAUUUUGGUCGCGUCGAAUGCAGUUAAGACAAUAGAUAAUCAGGUGAUAAACCUCAUUAAGGUUACAGGACACCUUUGAGUGUUAAUUUUGCCUAAAAGUUUUUUAUUGGUCGCCAUGAAAGCAUUAGACUAGUUCUACUAUCUGACCAAGUUUGAACGAAAAAUGUUGAAAACUCGCAGAGUUAUUUAAUAAAAUACAUUUCGCUGCAAUAAGAAAAACAUUGAAAAUGUAAUAUUCAAAUUCAAUUUUCUCCCGA